CGUCGCUUGCCCCUUAAGGGCGCUUUUAGUGUCACGCGGAUUUGCUCACGCACGCGGGAUUGGACCGCAUGCGUAAAAUUUCACGCUGCGGAUCAUACGCAGCAUGAGUUUCAGUUUUCUACGGGCUGCGUAACGGUAUAGACGUGUUCAAAAAUGAUCAAUGUCAGAAGAAUAUGUGUCGCUUACAUACUUUACAAACGACGAAACAAGAAGACAAGAGUACAUGUUGAUCCCUUUCUUGAAAAUAGGCUUCUUGCUGGGGCGUUUGUUACACGCUUUGGAAAACUACAAAAUAAUGAACGUAAAUUUAAAAAUUACUUUCGAAUGUCCAUUCGUUCUUUUGAUGAACUGUUGUGUAAAAUUGAGAAUAAGCUACAAAAAAGCAGUUUACGAAGGAUUACAAUACAACCGAUUGAGAGGCUCGCUAUUACAUUAAGAUAUUUGGCAACUGGUAAUACAUUCACUGAUCUACACUAUUCCUAUGUGAUUGGAAUUGCAACAAUUAGCGAAAUAGUAAGACAAGUUUGUUACAUAAUAUGGAUUGAACUAAAGUCUGAAUGUAUUCCACAGCUUAAUGGGAUCAAAUGGAAAGAAAUCGCAGAGGGAUUUCUCACAUAUACAAAUUUUCCUAAUUGCUUGGGUGCAAUUGAUGGAAAACAUAUAAGAGUGAUUCGGCCGCCGCACAGUGGAUCACUAUAUUUUAAUUAUAAGAAAUAUUAUUCUGUAGUGCUCCUCGCAAUGUGUGAUGCUGAUUAUAAUUUUACAUAUAUUAAUGUCGGUACCAGUGGAAGCAACGCCGAUUCAACCAUCUUUAGAAGGAGUCAAUUGUAUACGAAACUGGAAAGUAACACGUUGGGUAUCCCUGACCCGCAAGAGUUGCCUAUUAUUUGCCCCGAAGUAGCUUAUCCAUCUAGUGUAAGAGCAAAGUUGCCGUUCGUGAUAGUGGGAGACGAGGCAUUUGGUUUAUCAUCACAUGUGAUGCGGCCUUAUGCUCGUGAUAAUUUACCUUACAAAAAGAAAAUAUUUAAUUACCGUCUGUCCAGAGCUAGAAGGUACAUAGAAUGCACUUUUGGAAUUAUGUCAAAUAAAUUUAGAAUAUUUCACAGAUCCAUGAAUGUCAAGUUAGAUCUAGCACAAUUAAUAGUCAAGACGGCAUGUGUACUUCACAAUUUCAUAAGGAAACGGGAUGGCUACAAGGUCAGCCAUACAUUUGUCACAAAUGGUUUUACGGGACCACUACCCAGGCAGCAGACUGAAAGUAGUAAUACGUCGGCAAGUAAUAUCAGAGAUAUAUUUGCAGAUUACUUUAUCAAUGAAGGAAAAGUCUCCUGGCAACACCGAUAUAUAAUUAAUUAACUAAACUCAAAAGGUUUUAGAAGGUUUUUGAUGUUAUUUGUGAAUUAAAUAAUUAUGCUUAUAUUAAUAAAGUAAUGAUGCUUGUAUAAAUAAAAUAAUGAACCAAACACAUACCCGCCUCUUUUCUUUCCUCUUCGCUCAAAUUUUCGUAGUUAGGUGCCAAUUCCUUCAAAAUAUCUCUCCAUGCAGCCUCCCUCGCGUCCCUGUUUUUGUAUAAUUCAUUGCGUUUAUCCCACAAAACGGGCCGCAGAUGAACUUCAAUGAUUACUCGUUCUGUAUCGAUUUUCAUUUCGGUAGUACAAUACGGCGCGUGCGCCCCGCUCGACUCUAAAAUGGGCACUGAAGUUGUAGGCAGCGCUUACGCAUGCGGAUACCCCGCACCGGGGUGACGCCCCGCACAGCGCCCCGCGUCCCGCGUGCGUUUAUCACGCUUUACAAUAGAUACCUAUAUGAAAUUGUUCUUUGCGGAUGCUACGCAUGCGGUCCAAUCCCGCGUGCGUGAGCAAAUCCGCGUGACACUAAAAGCGCCCUAAGGACGGAUUCAUGCCCACUAUAUAACGCUGUCUCGUUUUAAGUGUUAAGCAAAGUCAAAGUUCCCUCUAUAGAUUCCGGCCUUAGUCUUUGCUUUAUUGCACUGUAUAUAGGCGAGUGAUCUCUGAUUAGUUUUUAUAAGUUGAAGGAGUCUUAAAGUUUUUUUCGAUACGGUGUUGUGUGUAGAACAAAAUGUAAUGUGUUAGGUGAAAAUGGUAUACUUUGCAUGGAGAGGAAUUAUAAACUAUUUUGGUUUUGAAAA